GUUGUCGGGAGCAAUGGCGGCGGCAGCAGCAGUGUUCCCAACGGCUUCGAGCCCCAAGCUCCGUUGUACCCGACCCCAGAACAUCGUCCCCAGGCUCCAGUACAGUCACUACACCGGGCAGGGCCCAACGAGAGUUUCGCAGAUUCCAGAUUCUUUGCUCAGAGAGCGAGACAAGACGGCUAAAUGGAAUGGGAUUCCACGCCUGGUGCAGAAGCUAUAUGACACCAGCCAACCUAACAACGACAGCCUCUCGCAGUGCCAAAGUAUCCUGAAAGAGAUUGCACCGCUGCUCUCUAUGGAAGCCAUGGCAUUUGUGACUGAAGAUGGAAAAGGUGCACAGGAAUCCAAGUUUCCCAACACUCACAUCUUUGACCUGUUUGGUGGAGUGGAUCUUUUAGUUGAGAUCCUUAUGAGGCCAACGCUUGCACCACACAAAAAGAAGCAGAAAAUGAGUGAAGACUUGAUAAAGGAUUGCUUGGGAAUACUGUAUAACACCUGUAUUUGUACCGACGGAGUGACAAAGCGCCUUUCAGAACAGAACGACUUUGUGCUGUUUCUCUUCACGCUCAUGACCAAUAAAAAAACCUUUCUGCAAACCGCCACGCUCAUAGAAGAUAUCCUGGGAGUCAAAAAGGAGAUGAUCCAGUUGGAGGAUAUCCCGAACCUGGCUAACCUCGUGGCCAGCUUUGACCAGCAGCAGCUCGCCAAUUUCUGCCGCAUUCUCUCGGUGACCAUCUCCGAGCAGGACACUGGCAAUGAUGACAAACACACCCUGCUCGCCAAGAACGCUCAGCAGAAAAAAAUCGCAGGCCCCUCCUGUGCUGAGGUCAAUCGAGUCACACUGCAGAAUAUUCCCGGAUUCAUCGAGCGACUGUGUAAGCUGGCCACCAGGAAGGUGUCCGAGACGACGGGAACCUCCAACUUCCUGCAGGAGCUGGAGGAGUGGUACGCAUGGCUGGACAACGCCCUCGUCCUUGACACCCUGAUGCACAUGGCCACCGAGGAGGCCAGUCAAAGCAGCAGCACAGAGUCUGCAGACGAGAAUGUCCUGGCAGCCAGCCAGCUGAGGAGCCGGCUCCCACAGUCCAUGAAAAUCAUGCAUGAGAUCAUGUAUAAAGUGGAGGUGCUGUACGUGCUGUGUGUGCUGCUGAUGGGGCGACAGCGGAACCAGGUCCACAAGAUGCUGGCUGAGUAUCGCCUGAUCCCUGGACUCAACAACCUGUUUGAUAAAUUGAUAUGGAGGAAGCAUUCCACCAACCACGUGCUACAUGGACAAAACCAGAUCUGUGACUGCAGUCCCGAGAUUUCCCUGAAGAUCCAGUUUCUGAGGUUACUGCAGGGCUUCAGCGACCACCAUGAGAACAAAUACCUGCUAUUGAACAGCCAGGAGCUGAAUGAACUCAGUGCAAUAUCCCUCAAAGCCAACAUCCCUGAGGUGGAAGCAGUGGUCAACAUUGACAGGACUCUGAUCUGUGACGGGAAAAAAGGACUUCUGACACGAUUACUGCAGGUCAUGAAGAAAGAGCCGGCGGAGUCGUCCUUCAGGUUCUGGCAAGCAAGGGCAGUGGAAAGCUUUCUGAGAGGAGUGACUUCUUAUGCUGACCAGAUGUUCCUUUUGAAGCGAGGCCUCUUGGAGCACAUUCUGUUCUGCAUUAUUGACAGCGAGUGCAAGUCCCGAGACGUGCUGCAGAGUUACUUCGACCUUUUGGGUGAGCUGAUGAAGUUCAAUAUCGAUGCCUUCAAGAGGUUCAAUAAAUAUGUGAACACAGAGGAGAAGUUUCAGAUUUUCUUGAAUCAGAUCAACAGCUCUUUAGUGGAUUCCAACAUGCUGGUGCGCUGCAUGGUGCUGUCUUUGGACCGGUUUGAGAGCCAAACGGAUGACGUUAAAGUUGCAGAAGUAAUCUCACAGUGCUGUCUGCUGUCCUACAUGUCACGGGUUGAAAACCGCCUCUCCUUCCUCUUCCGGCUAAUCAGCAUCAUCCAGGUGCAGACGUUGACCCAGGAAAAUGUGAGCUGCCUGAACACCAGCUUGGUGAUCCUGAUGCUGGCCCGUCGUAAGGGCAAGCUGCCGUUCUACCUGAACGCCCUGAGAGAGAAGGAGUUUGCCGAGAAGUACCCAGGCUUCCUCCUCAACAAUUUCCACAGCUUGCUGCGCUUCUGGCAGGAACAUUACCUCAACAAAGAUAAGGACAGUACAUGCCUGGAGAAUAGCUCCUGCAUUAGUUUCAGUUACUGGAAAGAGACUGUCUCGCUGCUACUAUGUCCUGACCGGACGUCCCCUUGUGCAAUCAUCGGCUACAUCGACGAAGCGUAUAUGAACAUUGAUAGAGACUUCAGUGAGGACUGAUGUGGAGCUUGCAGUAGGACUGGACAAUGCUUUGUACAGCUGCGGACUGCAAUCCAGGGCAACAGAUUUUCAGGCCCUAUUGUCCGAUGUGGAAUCCGAGCUGGGAAUCGGGGAGGAGAGAGAGAGGAACAGCCAGCAAGAGAGCGAUCGUCACAGAAGCUUUUAUUUUAACCGUGAAAAAUCCUGAUGCCUUUUGGUCCUUGAUCGACACCCACUGGAGGGGGAGGGGGGGGGUUUGUAAACCUGCACAGCGCUGCCUGGAUGGGUGGGAGACGAGCCAUCGUUUGUCACCAAGCAGAAGGCAUGGGCCUGAGACAACCUGCACUGUCUGGCAAUGACGUGGGCUAAGCAUACAGUGGAGCACUUUUAAGAUCUCUGAUAAUCUUGUUGUGGUUCGGGGGGGUGGGUGGGGGGGUAAUUUUUUUUUAAAAACGUCCCAUUCUUUUUGGCAUCUUUCCCUCCACACUUCUCAGUCUCGGUUGGGAGGGAGGGCGGCAGGGGAGGGGAGCAGAGCAGGAGGGAGUAACAGUGUAAUCACACAGGCAAUGUAUAUUAAAAGAGAUUAAAGGUUA